GCUCGAGCGAGUCCAGAGAAGGACGAUGAAGCUGGUGAGGGGCCUGGAGAACAAGUCCUACGAGGAGUGGCUGAGGGAGCUGAGUUUGUUCAGCCUGGAGAAGAGGAGGCUCAGGGGCUACCUUAUCGCUUUUUAUACAUGAGCUUGACAGUAGAAGCUGAAGAGAGAGCGGACAACAAAUCCUUGAUGCUGAAGUCAGGACUGUACUUUUGUUGAAGAAUGGCUCAAAGAGCAAGGGCAUGGGUCUCUAGCGGAAUUGUACAAGCAAGGCAAAGAAAAUGCAGAGUUUAUAGCCAUGGAGUAGGCCGGAUGAGAAGCAUUCUUGUGAAAAUAUGCAAGGAGCAGUCUGUCCUUGAGAGAGAUAAACAGAUGGAUCUGAGGCCUGGGAAGAUGAGGAAAUAGCUUAUGCGCUGUAACUGCAAGUAGGAGAAACUAUUUUUUGCAACACUUUUAGGCUUACCAAUAGGAUAGUGACCAGUAUGCAUAAUUAUAGCUGUGUGAAUAAAUAUAUGGAUAUCUGCACAAUAAAGUUGAAGCUUGUAUUACCACUCAUAUUGAGUCAAUCACUUGCUUCCCUGCGCCAUAAAUCGGAGGGUCUCGCACCUGCAGUGGCGCCCGAACAGGGACAACAUGGAACCGAGAAGCGUGGUGAGGACAAGCACCGAUUAGCAACAAAUCGGAGGGCAGAAGAUUGCCUAGACCGACCAAAAGGGGUCUGCAUGGUCCGGAGGGCUACCAGCGUGAUUAGACACGGAGCUGCACAAAUCACGGACAGACGUGGCGCGGACAGACACGGCAAAAAGGCCAGCACUAUGGAUAAGGAGGUAGCCCUCAACUUAUUGCAACGCUUUUUAGAAAAGCGAGGGGUAGAAGGAGUUAAGCAUAUUCCAGGGCUUAUAGCCUUUGGGGUAGCAAAGGGCUUUUUUUAUAAUCCUGAGUCAUACUUUGAUGUGGAAGAAUGGAGAACUUACGGGGACUGCUUGUGGGAUUUAGCUAUAGAUGAUGAUAAAAUAGUUAAAAAAUUAAUGAAACCGUAGCGGGAAACUAUUAAUAGUUUAAAAAGAUAAAAGUUAGAACAGCAAGUUGCAGCUGUGGUUACCCAGCAAUUAGGUCAGCCCUGAGGAUCAGAGGGGCUGUUCUCAGUGGGGGGGCGAUUACUUGCCUAUACUUGCCUAUUGUCUGGGAGACCAAUAACUGUUAAGCCACGGCACUGUUGCCGGGGCCCCCAGGGGCGUCACUACCCCCCUCUCCUAGUAAAAGCCCAGACGCAGAUCAGGAGACAUGGCCUACGGCGCCACCCCCUCCAACCACUGUCGAAACUGAGAUAAAAGUCUCAAGAGCAGAAAACAGGGUCUCCGACAGCAAGGAGGAGGUGGUGGGGCAACUCAUUUUAAAACCGAAAGAGUAUACACCCAGGGAGCCUUAAGGCUUCCAGUAAGCCACUGCCAAAGCCCUCCCCACAGGGGAUAGAAAGGGUUAAUUGGCAGGUGAUAGCCAGAGAGGUGGCAGAUGCUCAGGACUCUGAAUUGCUGAGCCCGCUCGCUGAUCAGGCUUUCCUAGUAACCUAUGGACAAGGGUCUGCGGAUCUGCAGGGAGCUCACACCCCACUUGAUUGAAAACUACUAUCCCAGAUGAGAGCCACAGUAAAUGAGAGUAGGUUGCAUAGUGUGCCGACCAAGAAGUUGCUUAAUUAUAUUUGGGGCAGCACUAUUUUAUGUCCUGAGGACAUCAAAACUAUUGUAAGAAUGAUUAUGACACAAUCUGGUCAGUUGCUAUUGCAGGCUCAUUGGCAACGCAUAUAUGAUAUCAGUGCUCACACACCCCAACCAUUGGGAGAUCCUUUAGAAUACGUAACUACUGAGCAAUUAAUGGGGAUUGGGAGAUUUGCAUCGGUGGAUAUGCAGGUACAGUUAGGGCCAGAGAUAUGCCUAGAGAGCAUGAGGGCAGCCCGUGCAAUACUCCAACCCCACUCUACCGGCCCACCACGAGAUGGUGCUGCCCACGAUCCCAACACCUGCCCUGCCUGCGAUGCAGCCCAUCUACAGUCAGAUGCUGCCAGAUCACAACAACUACAACCAGCCACAUUGGGAGAUACUCUGCAAACACUGGAACUAUUGGCCAUUGUCUGGGCCUUCACGGAAUGGAUGACAAUUUGUGGAGACCGAGCAUGGCAGGGGAUACUGGCAGAUGCGUACAGAGGUCCCUGCUACCUUGGUCAAUUGGGAUUAUUUGCACCUCGCCACCAGGACUGGCUGAAUAUCUCCAAGACGAUGUCCAGUAGAGUGAAAAGAGACACUCACGGUUUAACACCUGACUGUAAAGAUGAUGUUGAAUUAUGGUCAGCAACCACGCGAAUAUUUGCCUCGUUCUUCACACCAGGGGUGGCAGCUGUGCGGACGCUGACACAGUAGAAAAGUUGGCAUGCUGGACAGUGAAACAGUUCAACGCAACUACCGACAUCCUCUCUCAAAUGAUGGAUGAUAUGGACAGUCUAUGACACUCAGUGUUGCAGAAUCGGGCAGCCAUUGAUUUUUUGCUGCUGGCCCAAGGACUUGGUUGCAAGGACUUUGAAGGAAUGUGCUGUUUUAAUUUGUCAGAUCAUAGUGAGUCAAUCCAUAAAAGGCUGGAUUGGCUAAAAGAACAUGUGAAUAGAAUACAAGUGAAUGUUAACCUGUUUGAUACCUGGUUGAAAUCCCUGUUUGGUGACCUUUCCCCUUGGCUUGUAUCCCUUAUUAAGGAGGGUUUGAGAUUGCUGCUUAUUGUACUGCUGAUAAUCAUUGUUGUCAAGAUAGCUUAUCAUUGUAUUGUGAAAGGGGUAACAAAGAUGAUGAAUGGGGCCUUGCUUGUACAAAAAGAAAAAGGGGGAAUUGUUGAAGAAUGGCUCAAAGAGCAAGGGCACGGGUCUCUAGCGGAAUUGUACAAGCAAGGCAAAGAAAAUGCAGAGUUUAUAGCCAUGGAGUAGGCCGGAUGAGAAGCAUUCUUGUGAAAAUAUGCAAGGAGCAGUCUGUCCUUGAGAGAGAGAUAAACAGAUGGAUCUGAGGCCUGGGAAGAUGAGGGAAUAGCUUAUGCGCUGUAACUGCAAGUAGGAGAAACAGUAUUUUUUGCAACACUUUUAGGCUUAGCCAAUAGGAUAGUGACCAGUAUGCAUAAUUAUAGCUGUGUGUAUAAAUAUACGGAUAUCUGCACAAUAAAGUUGAAGCUUGUAUUACCACUCA